GGCAGAAGCCAUAGCAGCAGGUUUUCACUCACAAUGGGCCUCCGGGGAAUAUACAAUAUCUCCUGAUUGUAUAUGUACGAAGCACCUCCACCGUCGUUCACGACAAGAACCACCACACCAUUUAGCUCUACCGCCACUCGCAUUCAACCAGAUCAGCACCACGACUAACAAUGCCUCUCUACACCUCCAAAGCAGCGUUCGUUGCUUCGGACAUGAAGGCAUGUCUCAGGCCGGCCUCCGAAUCCUCCUGUCCUAUCUGCAGCGAGGAUCUGCAGCCUCCCGAGCCAGAAGCCUUAUGCACAGGCCCCUCAGACGAAGCCGUACAGAACGGCACCACCACCCCUGACAGCUCCGCCGAUAACCGUGAUAACAUAGUCACCGCCACCGCCCUCACCGUCGACGCCAACACCCUACUCGCUGAACCACCUGAGGACCGCUCGCCAGUCAAAGAAGACCACUCCCCCAUCAAAGUCACCUGCUGCGCCAAUAUCUUCGGCCACAACUGUCUAGAAGCCUGGCUCACCAGGGAAAACAGCUGUCCAUUCUGUCGCGCCGAAUUCUUCCCCUCGCACACCGUACCCACCGGAAUGAUAGUCCCCAUGCUUACUUUGGCCGUUGAGGAAGCGACAGUCCGAGCCACAGAGGCCGAGCAGGCGGCGAGAGCUGGAUUCGCAGAGAGAAUAGAGGCGACGGCAUUUCGCGCUAGAAUCACACAUUUCGGGCGGUUGCACGCACAUAGGGUGCUGAGGGAGGUAAUGCUAGAGCGGGCGCUUGAAGUUCUGCAGCAGGAGGAUGCGUCUGUGGAAUUGGCGGAGCGGGAUGACACUGAGGAUGAGGACGAGUUGUCUUCUGAGUCCGAUUCGGAGGAUGAAAGCGGAGGUCAUCGCUUUCCGUCAGGGUCUGUUCUGAGUGAAGAUGCUGAUGACGAGUCUGAGUUGGAGGAUGAGGAUGAGGAUGAGGAUGAGGAUAGCGGUGAUGAGGAUAGCGGUGAUGAGGACGGAGGGGGCGAUGGACGCUCGGAAGGACCUGAAUCUGAAGGUGCUAUUCUUGUUGAGGGCGCUCAUGCAGGUGCUUCAACGCGAGGCUAGAGUGCCAUCGCUGGGACCAUGAGUGUAAAGAAAAGUUCCGAUAGGCCGGCAAAGAUGACAAAUCAAUUCUU